CAAUUGCGGGCUAUCACCAUAGAUCACUUUUUACGCACAAACUAGCCAUUACCUAUACCACAUUUGAACAAACAACCUACCCUCUGGUCCUCUAGAAUAUUGCAUCAAUGACGAAUAGCGGAGUCGCGACGGACGAUCCGGGAGCCAAGUCCCCCUCGAAAACGCCCCUUCAGUUGAUUGCUCGGGAAAACGACAAGGACGAUAACAGCGUUAUCCAUGGACACGAUAUGGACUCUCUUGAGCCCACACACAAGGAGUCGGAAGUUGCGGAUGAUGAAGAUUCCGGGUCCCUCUCAGGGUCUAGUGACAACGAGCAAGUUCGGGAAAAGCUUAAGAAAACUUAUAUUGCGAAUGUGCGGCCCGAGUCCGCAGCAGCUAGUGAGAGUCAAAAGGAGGAUGGAGAAUCGAAGGCUACUGAUAGUGCUGCUGUCUCCGAAACUGACCAAGAUAUGGGGGAAGAAAAACCUCGACGGCCAAGGAAGCGAAGCAUUGAGGAAACGGAUCCUGGUGAGGAUGUUAAUAUGGGGAAUGAAGGGAAUGGGAAAGAGACGGAUUCAAGGCAUAGGGUUCAUGAGAGAAAGAGGAGCAGAGAAAUUUCCGACGAUGACAUGGCAAAGGCUGCCAGAGCUCUCAAUAGGGUGAAAACACCACCAACCCAUCCGGAAGAAGACGAGAUUAUGGGCCAUAACGAUGGUUUACAUUCCGCAAGCUCAGCCAUGACUAGCCCACGGAAACUGGAGCGAAAGAGGAGCAGAAACAGGUUCGAUGAGGAUGAUAAGGACAAAGACGCCGACCGUAGGAAAAAGAUGGUGGCAGAACGAAAGGAGGAGACGGAUUCCGGAAUGGGUGCAGAUAUUCCCACACCAUCUAAUGAGUUGACUAACGGCAAAGCCUUCGGCAAGCCAGAGGUUGCCAGAAUGAGUUCCACUGAAACUGAUACAAAAUCCGAAUCCAAGACUUUAGCAAGCAGUGGGUUCGGUAACACGUCCGCCCAAUCACCCUUCGCAACAGCUUCUUCGGCUUUCGGGGCAAUGUCCGGCUCAGCAGCAUCCCCCUUCGCUACCCUUGGGUCUGCAUCCCACCCCCCAAGUCCAUUUGGCGCCUUAGGCAAUACUACUGCAAAGCCUCCGGCAUUUUCGUCUGGCUUUGGAAGCUCCUAUGGUCCUUCUGGGUUCGGAUCUCUGGGUGGCAAAGCUGGGGAUGUUAUUUCCUCGGCUCCUAAGCUCUCGGGACCUAUCGGUGGGACAGCAGCAAAACCAUUUGGAGCUCCAGACGAUGAUGAUGAGAAGACGGACGAUGAAAAUGGGGAGGGAGGUGGUGUAGAUUUGGAGGCGCAUAAGGAGGCCUCUUCCGGAAAGGAGACCUUCACCCAACAAGAAAUUGCUACUGGAGAGGAGGGUGAAAUCACAGUUUUCAAAUGUCCGGGAAAAAUCUUUUCGUUUGAUAAAGAAAACAAAGUCUGGAAGGAACGGGGAAAGGGUACCUUCAAACUCAACACCAAAGGUUCAAAAUCUUCCAUUUCAGCGAGCGCAUUUGGAUUAGAUGAUACCCCGUCCGCCUCUGUGCCUGAGGAGAAGAAGAGUGCAAGGAUACUUAUGAGAACCGAUGGAACUUACACCUUGAUUCUUAAUGUGCCCAUCUUCAAAGGAAUGAUAUUUGGGGACCAUGCUGGGAACAAACCUACAGGCAACCAGUUCCUUCUCUUGAUCCCAAAUUCAAGUGGAGGCUUGGACUCUAUGACAUUAAAGCUUAAAUCGGCUGCACAUGCGAAAGAGCUUUACGACCACGUGAGAAAUCUACACGACGAGCUUUUCCCAUGAGAUCAUUAUACCAUCGCUUCGUCAAAGAUAUGACAUGGAGUCGCCAAUUCCACAAACCACAAGACUUGCUAUCACGCUCUUUGAGGAUUAGAGAUCGUAUGAUGGGAUAUUUAAACUCUUCAAAUUCAGCCAUGUGCAGCUAUUAUUUUUAUUUUUCCCAUUUAUCCUUUACCCCCCUUGUUUCAUCUCUUUCCCCUUUAGCCCUUCUCCUUGCGUGGGAAAACUUUCUUUUUCUAUCUCUUCCCUAUAGUUGUUUUUACCCUUUGUAUACCUCAUACUGUUUAUCUUGAGUAUGAGUAGUACAUACUUCCACUACUACUACUUUCUCUUGUCGAGGGAGAUAUAUAGAGGGAGGGCGUGGGGGAGGGCAUGGUAGUGGAGUUGCUCGGGUUAACGGAAAAGGGGCUGCCGGGGGGCGGAAUUCUCACCGGUUUAUUUCUAUACCAUUCUCGUAUGAUUUCUUUUUCCCCAUCCCCACUCUCCUCUUCAUCCUCAACUUCAUCUCCUUGACUCGUUCCCGCGUUCUCAUCUUUGCCCAGAGACUUAUGGUACCAACCCGAUUCCUAUCCUCCAUCCGUCCAUCCACCCAUCCAUUCC